AUGAGUUCCACUUUGGAUUAUCAUCGCAAAGCGUUAGGAAUCCGCCGGGAAUGUCUGAGUAACGAUGAUAUUCGGUUAGGUAUCAGCUAUAUCAACGUUGGUCUUGCUCUAAACAACAUAAAUCAGUUUGACGAAGCAUUGUCGUACUACCAACAGGCGCGUAUCGCUUGGAAUCAAUCAUUACCCUACAAUCAUGCUCUAAUAGCUGAUAGUAUACAUAGUAUUGCGACUAUAUAUUAUUGCAAACGACAGUAUGGAGAAGCUUUAGAGUAUUUCGAAGAAGCGUUGAAAUUGUAUAAGCGUCUUUCACCUGCCAAAGAAAAUGCAAUAUUGAAAAUAGAAAAUGCGAUUAAGGAUUUAAAAGCAACAGACUCGAUAACAGCAUGA